CUUGGUAGGAUGGAGAGAAACCUUAGCUACGGAGCUAUAGGUUAGCCCACCAGAGCCAGCUGGAGGGAAACCAAACAGGUCUGGACUGAGGCUGGGACUAGCCUUCCUGUUUCUGGAAUGAACAGCAACCCCUUGCCCACCAGGCUGCCUGUCCACGUCAGGGACACACAGACUCCUUCCCUUUCCAGACUGGAAAGCCCCUUCCCGGAUAGCAGGAAGGAAGCAACUCUUCCAGUCCUGGACCUUGGGCUGAGCCUACAGUUCAAGUGGUUGAUGCCAAAGAUUGAAGGGUAGGGCGGGGCAGAAGUGGGAAGGUCCCUGGCUUCCUCACCUUGGUAGGUGAAACAAAAGCAUCAAAGGCUGAGUUGAGCAGCAGCUGUGAUUUCAGGGAGCCUCUAUUGGCGAGGCUGCUGUGAUUUGAAAACCUCCUUUCCUUGGAUGACUGAUUCCAGAAGGAUCUGGAUGAAUUGUACUGGGUGCAACCCCACCCGGAGGCUGCAGGCCUUGGGGGGCCUGGCUGGAGGUGCAACACUCACGGUAAUCUGGCUUUUCUGGCUGCUGGGAUCAGCUCCUGGGGGUGCCCCAGUGCCUCAGCCCACACUCACCAUCCUUAUCUGGCACUGGCCUUUCACCAAUCGGCCUCCAGAGCUGCCUGGUGACACCUGCACUCACUAUGGCAUGGCCAGCUGCCGUCUGAGUGUUAACCGGAGCCUGCUAGCCAGCGCUGAUGCUGUGGUCUUCCACCACCGUGAGCUGGAGACCCGGCGAUCUCGCCUGCCCAUGGCCCAGAGGCCGCAUGGACAGCCUUGGGUCUGGGCCUCCAUGGAAUCGCCCAGUAAUACCCAUGGUCUCCGUCACUUCCGGGGCAUCUUCAACUGGGUGCUGAGCUAUAGGCGUGAUUCAGAUAUCUUUGUACCCUACGGUCGCUUGGAGCCCCUCUCUGAGCCUACACCCCAACUACCGGUCAAAAGCAGGAUGGCUGCCUGGGUGAUCAGCAAUUUCCAGGAGCGGCAGCAGCGUGCAAAGCUGUACCGGCAGCUGGCCCCUCAUCUGCAGGUGGAUGUGUUUGGACGGGCCAGCGGGCGGCCCCUGUGCGCUACCUGUCUGCUGCCCACUGUGGCCCGGUACCGCUUCUACCUGUCCUUUGAGAACUCACAGCAUCGGGACUACAUCACUGAGAAGUUCUGGCGCAAUGCACUGGCCGCUGGUGCUGUGCCCGUGGUACUGGGGCCUCCUCGGGCCACCUACGAGGCUUUCGUGCCACCUGAUGCCUUUAUUCACGUGGAUGACUUCAGUUCUGCCCGUGAACUGGCCGGUUUUCUUGUCAACAUGAAUGAGAGUCGUUAUCGUGGCUUCUUUGCUUGGCGAGAGCAGUUCCGUGUGCGCCUCCUGGAUGACUGGAGGGAGCGCUUCUGCACCAUCUGUGCCCGCUACCCUCACUUGCCCCGCAGCCAGGUAUAUGAAGACCUUGAAAGCUGGUUCCAGGCUUGAACUCCUGCUGCUGAGAGAGAGUGUGGGUGGAAGACUGGUGUUGAAACCAAAGAGCUAGGCAUCCAAGCUUUAGGAUCACCAUGGGAUUAACCCCAGGCUUAGGUCAGUGAACAGGCAGUCUGGCUAUGGGGAGGAGACUGGACUGAGAAGCCAUAUGGAUGAGGACUCUGGUGGGCUUUGGAGUAGAAAUCCAGAGAAAGAGACAACUAAUUGUUAAGGAGCAUAUGGUAAAAGGUGGCUGAGGGUCCCUGACUUACCUUGAACAUGCCCAUGGCUGAAGGCUCAGAUGAAAAGGGAAGGCAACAUCUCUGGAACUGGGACAAGCACAGGACCCUAAACCUCCACAAUCAAGGCGCUUAGCCUCAAGAAUACAGGUGCAGGUUCUAGAACGCUGGGUGCAAACUGUAUGCUGGGCCAGGGGGUUGAUCUGGGCCAUGUGGAUGAUCUGAGCUUUUGGCACCACAGUCCCCUCAGGGGAAGAGGCACCACUAAUAAAGACACUGACAGAAA